AUGGAAGCGGUAGAUGCACAGGAACAGAUGAAGAAUGUGCCUGCCGCGUCUCCUCUUCAUGAUAUCCGCCCAGCGUACUUCUACGCGGUAGAUGCACCGAGUGUAGAUGACUUAACAUCGACCCCUGGAUCCUCACGCUCUAUGUCUGCAUCUUCGGAUAAAAAGACUUCAUCGAUUUCUUCACCACCAGGAAUCCCUGUUUUUCAUCCGACAAUGGCCCAGUUCAAAGACUUUUACGAAUUCUGCCAAGCGAUUGAUUCGUGGGGAAUGCAAACGGGGAUAGUCAAAAUCGUGCCGCCGCGCGAAUGGGUCGAGGCACUUCCCAGUCUCCGGCCUGAGAAGGGCACACCGCGCUCCGAUUAUGCGCAAUUGAAUGCCGUGCGCAUUCGGCACGCCAUUACCCAGCACUUUCUCGCAGCUGGACCUGGUCGUUGGAAGCAGACGAAUGUGACGCGUGCAAAGCCUUACGAUGCGAAGCAAUGGGCCGACAUUUGCAUGCAUCCCGCACAUCGUGCACCACCUAUGUCACGCAUUCAGCGGCAAGUGGCUGCGCAGCGUGCAGCUGAAGCAGCGCAUGAACAGAGCCGAUCGUACUCGGCGACACCAUCGGCUCAUACUGGCGCGUCCAAUGCAUUAACCUUGGACUUCGAUACCCCCGGCAAACUUACACGCAGUGGCGGCUUAGGUCGUGAUACGUCUGCGCAUAGCGUACGGCCUGCAUCGAGUAACAAAGUGACCACCCAAGACGAAUGGGAUACGUUCGAUUACGAACAUGGUUGGCUGCAAGAAGCCCUUACAGACAGUGAGCGGCAAACUGGCCAUCGCUUGUCCGAUCAAGAAUGGGAUGUUCCCACAUGCCGUGCUAUAGAGGCUGAGUAUUGGCGCACGCUCAAUCUCGGAACUCCUCCCAUGUAUGGUGCAGAUCAACAAGGCUCUUUGUUUGACAAGCGCACCGUACACUGGAAUGUCGGCUCGCUGGACAGUCUGUUAUCAAGAACAUUGAAAUGUGCACUACCAGGCGUCACGACCCCAUACCUGUAUUUUGGUAUGUGGCGUGCGUCGUUUGCUUGGCAUGUCGAAGAUAUGGAUCUGUACUCAAUAAACUAUAUCCACUUUGGCGCUCCUAAGCAAUGGUAUGCUAUUCGACAGUCAGAUCGCCAGCGUUUCGAGUCGAUCAUGGCAGCGACGUUUCCGGCAGAUGCGCGAAAAUGUUCCCACUUCCUCCGCCACAAAUCGUUCCUUGUAUCACCAUCCUUCCUUGCAAGUCACGGAAUCAAGCCUCUACGUCUUGUACAGCAUGCACACGAAUUCGUGAUCACAUACCCAUACGGCUAUCAUUCCGGAUAUAACCUUGGCUACAACUGUGCAGAAAGUGUAAACUUUGCUCUUCCAUCCUGGGUUGAGCUUGGUCGGCGAGCAGACUAUUGCCGCUGUGAGCUUGCUCAAGAAAGCGUUCAUAUUGAUGUGAAUGCGUUGUGGCCGACUGACGCGUCUAGCAAUGCGAAGACAGACUCUUUUACCCCUGAUUCUAUGUCCGCCAGUGAGCCAAUGGCCGUGGAGCGACCGGCGGACAAAAAGAGCCACACACGUGCUCUGCAUGCAUGCGUUUUUUGUCCCCGCGAUGCACCACAAGAUCCUCUUGUUGCACUGCCUUCGUAUGCAUCAGACAUACUUCGGCGGCAAGCAAGUUCAAGAAAAUCGUUACUAGCAUGCACAGCACCGUAUCAAGCGCAUAAGCUGUGUGCAUGCUUUUUGCCAGAGACUUGGGUGGCCACAGAGCCAGUAUCGCACGUCGAAGGAGCCGAUGCCAUUGACAAAAGCCGGUGGUCGCUUAAGUGCCAAGUAUGUACUGCGCCAUCUGAUCGAAUGUAUGGCGCAAAGAUUCAAUGCACGAAAGGUCGAUGUCCCCGCGCCGUGCAUGUAAGUUGUGCACUGGACGAAAGCAGUGGCUGGUUUUUGGAUAUAUGUUCGCGUGAUGUAGCCGACAAGCUCGAAGGUACUUCACUUGCGCAAGGUGACCAGCCGCAGUCACAUGAUGAUGAUGAGCGAGUCGUGCUUCUUUGUCGUGCGCACAACCCUUUAAAACGAGCACAAGAGCUGGAGCGACGGGAAGAAGAACUACGAGCCAAGAUAUUGGCCCUGCCGCGACCCACGCCUGUUCGGGUCAAAAUCAACCGCGCGAUUUGGGUGACUGAGCUCCUUGAUGUGGACGAAACGAAACAGGUGGUUAUAGUGCGAGAUCCGGCGAAUGACGCUCGGAUGCAAGUACCAUGGACGCGUCUUGUUUCGGAUGAACAUAUGCCAUUGGACUCGCUACAUGACGAUAAUAAUGAAACUAGGGAUUACAUGGACGAGCGAGUGCCUAAAAAACGGCGAAUGCAAUAUGUGCGCGGUACAGACCAAGUUGCAGAGAGUUAA